CGUCCUGCGUUAAAGCAUUCUGUCCAAGCUCUUACUCAUACUUGCAUCAUGGAGACUUGCCCUGGUGCAUCACAGGAUCACAUCACCAAAGUGACAGGUGCAGUGUCUGAGCUCUGAGCUGCUCAUGGAGACUGACAGCUACAUAUCCGGCCUGGCUACCACAGACUGGGUGGGGACGGUGGAGGUCCUCCAGCAGCAGGGAGAGGGUUCCACAGAGAGGCCUCCGUCCUGGUCUGAGCCAUACUCACUGGGCUUUCAGGUUUCACUUACUGCCUUCCUCAUGGUGGAGCUGGUCCUGGGCUUCAGCAGUAACCUGACAGUGCUGGUGCUCUACUGCUCCCAGUCCAACCUGGUGGACUCUGUGAGCAACAUGGUGACAGUCAGUCUGCACGUGCUGGAUGUGGCUGUGUGUGUGCUGUGCUUGCCUCUCACACUCAUGGUUGUUCUGCUGCCACAAGGAACCAACCUGGCCACUCUGUGCUGUUUCCAUGAGGCCUGUGUCACAUUUGCCAGCAUCGCUACAGCCAUAAACAUCCUGGUCAUUAGCCUGGACCGCUAUGAUAUCUCUGUAAGACCAGCCAACAGACUCCUCACUACUCGAAGAGCAGCACUGCUGCUGGCUGCAGUUUGGCUCAUCUCUGUGGCUGUGUUUUUUAUCCCUUUUUUUGAAAUGCAGUGGAUGAUUGAGGAGGACAAGGAUCUAGCCUUGUCAUUAUCUUAUCCUGACACAUCCAGCAUGGAUGUGCCUGCUUGGCAAAACAGGACUUCCUUGUGUGGUGGUGGGCAAGGCUAUCACACAGGUCUUGCUAUGUACCAUCUUAUCAUACAAGUGCCCAUCUUUUUCACCACAGUGGCAGUCAUGCUUUUCACUUACUCUCGAAUACUGAGAGCUUUGAACAUACGCAUUGGCUCUCACAUGAAGAACCAGCGCUUCAGGAGAUCCCACAGCAGGGGCCGUCCCAUAUGGCCAAAAAAUGAGCAGAGUAAAAGAAAGGUGGGACAGAAACAGGUGGACAGUGAAGAGCUAGGGGAAGAACACUGCACCACCGAUGGGACUAAACAGAACAGCCACCCCCCACUCAUUGCCUCUCCAUCGCCCACGCCCACAGCUACAUCUCCUCCAGCGGUGUCCUCCACCACCCCGCUGGUGACCUCAGCUAAAGCUGCAGCUGCCCCUGUGGCAACCACAAUGGGAGUCCAGGCUUCAGUAUCAGCCAUCAUCGCCCUGCGGCGAGCAGUGAGGCGCCACCGAGAUCGCAGAGAACGACAGAGACGUGUGUUCAAAAUGUCCCUCAUCAUCAUCAUUACCUUUCUGGGCUGUUGGGCGCCGCUGUCUGUGACCAACCUACUGAUCCUGGGCAUUGGCCCCAGCCAGGCCCUGGUCAGCCUACGUCUGUGGUUCUUAGCUCUGGCCUAUGGAACCACAGUGUCACACCCUUUACUCUACGCUUUCACCCGACAGAAACUGCGCCGAGCGCUUAGGUCAAAGGUUAAAAAGAGGGUAGUGUCAUUGCUCCAAGUGGAUCCUUCUCCAGGAGGAACUGUUAUACACAACUCCUGGGUGGAAAACAGGAAAACCAGCCGGCAAGUGCGUCUGGAGGCGAGUGAAGGCACAGACCGCUGUCUAGCAGAAGCACUGUGA